AAUGAAGCCAUGUCCCACGAGAAGACAACCGGGGGCAGCAUGUCAGAAGGGGAGCUCUUCAAAGCAGAAAUGGUCUUUAUCAGGAACUUUGUUGAAACAGAGAAAGCAAAUAUAAUUCAACAGGAAGCACAACCUCAAUCUCUGCAGGAUCACAGGAACUUCUCUCAGACCAAAGCUCCACCAUCAGUCAGAGCUCUGUCUGAAAAUACCCCCAGCCAAGUAAACGUGGGGACGGUCUCCAUGGAAACAGCUGUUGACAAACGCAGGGGCAUUUCCCAGCAGCGGUGUCACAAUGUCUCUGGACAUUCUGAAGAUGCACUGGCUUGCUCUGCACACACGGCAUCUGCCCCAGAAGACAGAACAAGUCCCACCGACUGGGCAGACCUGUUCCCCACCCCGGCCUCAUCCAGAGAGUCCAUCCUGACUUCCCCGGCUCCUUUCAGCCGAACGGUUUCUCCUUGCUCGUCUGUUCGCUCAGGUGUAUUUUCCCCUUCUAUAGUCCAGAUCAAGAGGCACACACUAGCUCCUGGAGCUAGCCUGGUUAACAUCCCCCAGACCUGCUUCUCAUCCUGUGACAGUCUGUCAUCUGCCUGUCCACAGUCACCCCCUCCCCGGCACCGACCUCCAGUCACUCGACUUUCCCUCCUGACUGCCAUUCUCAGGAAAGGUCGUCUUCCUGUCUUGUCUUCUGCGCUACAGAGACCUUACACCCCCUGCUGGCCUGUUAAUCAUGUGACGUUGUCGUUUUGUAACGCAUGCUCAGCUGCCUCGAGCGUGGCCUCCAUUCCCUUAGAAUUAUCCUCCCAGUUCUCUUCAUCUGCAUCUAUAGAUGGUCAAAGCCACGUCUGCACGGAGCCCAUUGCUUCCCCGACGAUGGAGUCGAGUGCUCACGACAGAAGACGUCCUCAUACUCAGGUGAAAGGAUGCCACCUUAGACAGAAGCAGGUGAUUUCUCCUCCACCAGUGAAGAGCAAACUCCCUCAAACUCCCCAGUUCUCAAAUGUCUCAGCUGUUUCUCCGUCAAGGCAUGACAACCCAGCCUCUGCAAAUACUCCAUUCAGCUCUAGUUCCAAGUUACAUGAGCUGAGGCCCAGCAACGUGCACACGCUCCUCAAGGACCAUGGCGGUAAUAACCUUAAAAAUCUCAUCUCCUCGCCCCCUGAACUUCAAACUGAGCCCCCUGUGACCCAGAACCGGACUCGCCGACCGAAUUCUUCUCUCUCGAGGCUCCAGAUGCUCUCCCAGCAACUAAGAUCUUCGCCCGUCCCUUCAUCUUCUCAUUCUCACAUCCCACCUUACUCUGCUCAUGCAGACGCUGCACCCCCCCUCCCUCAUUUAAAACAAACCCCCAAGGUUGGAGGGUGUGAGUCAGUGGGGAGCUGGCCUGAAUUCAGAAGAGCCACACCUGCUAAAGCUGCUCAUAAAACCCAAUGCCUGUCUCCAUCUCGAUACAAACCCAUUAUCCUUUCUGGGUGGCCGUCACCCGCCACUUCCCCCACACCCACACCCUCCCCUGCACCCCCAGUCAGAGACUUCACCCCGUCUCCUUCCCUGUCCCUGCGUUCCACGCCCUCGCCAAGGCCGGGGAGUGGAAUUUCAGACUGCAGUGACAGGGAGGGUAAAAAACGAAAGACACACAAGAUUAAACUGAGCUACAAAUCGCUCGCUGCGAUCCCCACAAACACCAUCCUGUUGGAUCAACAAGCGAUUGAUGAUCAGGUUGAACAGAAUCACUGCAGCUCCCUGGAUAGACCUGUUACUGACACACACUCAGAGAUGUGCUCACCUGCUGAGCUGCGGCAAAAGUCAGAUCAGCUGUAUGCAGAGAUUGAUGAAAUAUUGGUAAACUCCAUUCCUGAAACCUCAAAGUCACCGAAUACCAAUGCUGGUUUUCAGCACAACUCUUCAUUGUUAAAAUCCCUGGGGCGUGAAACCAAAUAU